AUGGGCGAGAUCGUGCCUGCGGAGCAGGCCGAGCGCGCUUUGUAUUCCGUGUGGGCCAUCCUCGCCGUGGAGGCGGGCCAGCUGGCGCGGAGACUUUUGUCAGCGCGGUGGUCCCCAGAGCCCGCGGCGACUGCGGAGGGACACGAACAGGAGGCGUGUCCUGAGAUCGUCUGCGGGGCCUGCCCGGACGUGAACAGCCUGCCUUGUCCAGCGGAGCCGCCGUGCGCGGCGGAGCCUGACCCGUGGCAGUUUGCCGGAGCGGGUGCGUGCGCCGCCUUCGCGGUCCAGCAGUUCUGGCGCUUCGUGGAGACCCGGCUGUUGUUGUGGCCCGUGGACGAGAAGAUGUGGUGCAUCCUCGCCCUGGAUGGCGACGUCUACGUAGAGCCAGUGACGAAGAAUUUUGACUGGGGAGUGCUGGACACGAAUCCUCUUGACGAUGUCGGGACGGUGCCAGACGAGUUCCCAGUGAGGGUCUAUCGCUUCCGCGACCACCCCAGAGCCGACGCCCUGAAAGAGCUGAUACGAGACGGUCGAGCGGUGGUUCGUGCCGAGCUCGGCCGGGAGGUGGAGGCCACAGCAGUGGGUGAGGACUAUCUCUGGUUGCUAACGGAGCCUACCGAUCGGCGCGCCAUCGGAACAGAGAUCGAGGCCGGGGCGAAGGUGCUCCUAGCGCCAGGUGGUCUUGACGGGCUGGUGAAGCUAGAUGACCACUGGCGGCGCGUCGAGUGCAUGGCGCCCCAGGCGGCCCCCGGCUUUGCGAAGCACCGCUGUGACGAGCUGAAGGACGGCCUGGGUAUCAUCGGGGGGGGGCCGGGCGUUGACGAGUCCGACCUCCGCGACAGGCUCGGGAGGGCUCUCCCAGAGGCCGUCGGCGGAACGGCUACUCCCCCAGCACCCCCCGCUGCCGAAUGGGCUGUCGAGACAGGCGACCUGAGGGCCCUGGUGAUCGAUUGCGACGGCCAGGGCGAACGCUACAAGCCAUUGAAGCAAGUGGCGCAGGAGAGCAGCAGCAAGGCCUACGAGACGCAGCGCAUGGAGGGCCCUCCGGUCGCGUUGCCGAUGGGGAAGCGGACGCUACAGACAGGAGGCGACCCUCGCCCGUGGUUGCGAGAAUGGCUGCGUGAGAAAGGGAUCGCCUCGACAGACAGGGUCGCGCAUGAGCUGCGCGCCCUCGCGGGGCCCCUCUGGCUCGGCGGCGCGUUAGACCAGGUCAACAUCGGCGGGCUGUUCUGCAUCGAGGCGAUAUGCCGGCGCAUGGCAUGCAUCGUAGCGGCUUGCGCCAACCCGGCCAAGCCGGCCUGGGGCCUGACCCGCUACUGCACUGGCCAGAUGUCGGCAGUGGACGCUGUCGGCCCCGAGAU